GUAUUUCUACGCAAUUUGGUAUCGUAUGAAAUUGCUACAAAGUUGUGAAACUGCUAAGUUUUUUUUAUAAUUAUUAAAAAUGGGUAACUCUGCAACAAAAAUAGAAGAGAAGCCGGAAGAAAAGAAGAAACUGAAACCUUGCUGCGCCUGUCCUGAAACUAAGAAAGUGAGAGACGCAUGUAUCAUAGAAAAGGGUGAGGAAAAUUGCGGCGACCUCAUAGAAGCGCAUAAAACAUGUAUGCGAUCAAUGGGAUUUAAUAUAUAAAACAUAGAAAAAUAAUUAAUGUCUUAACACCAAAGAUAUCUUUGUCGUAAAGGACAUAUUCCACAAAGAAUCUUGAGAAGUCUCAAG